AUGGAAGCUGAUAGCGACGACGAAAUAUACUCCAGAGAUUCUCAGCAAAGUUCAGAUGCUGAAGCAGGUGAUCCUAGCCCCUAUUCGGAAGAGGAAUAUGGUCUCGAUGAGACUUUACAACCUUUUAGCAAUGCUACCCCGUCUAUUUUGCCACCGAGUCGAAAAUCGUUUGCGGAAGAUUGUAAAACUUAUGACAUAGUUCCAUUAGUCGCUGCUAUCCACGCUUGUCACAUACAUUCACUUGACGCAACGAGGAAUAUGCGUUGGGUUUUUACUGGUGGCGAGGAUGGAUUUAUAAGAAAAUACGAUUUUUUUUCUUCAAUGUGUGGUAAAACUUUACUAACACAAAAUCAAAAACAUACACAAGUCGAAUCUGUUCAAAAGGCUGGUGUAAUAUCAUCAUAUUGGGAGAAUGAAGAAAUACCAAUAUCUCCACCAGUUACAGCCAAGCCUGAAAAACCUGAUGGUGUAGCAGAAGAAGAUGCCACGCAAAAUGUAGAGGAACCACCAUUGCCGGAUUUAAAAAUGUCACCUGUUUAUAGUUUAGCAGUACAGUCUGAAGCCGUUUGGUUAUUAAGUGGUUUAGAGAGCGGCGCUAUCAAUUUAUUUACCGUUAGACACGAAGAAGGAAGGUGUCACCAUGUUAUGCGAAAACAUAAACAACCUGUAUCGGUUUUGAAAAUAACUAGUGAUGAGACGAGCUUUGUGAGUGGUUCAUGGGAUAAAUCAAUACUGCAUUGGGAUCUCAACACUGGCCAAGUUGUGCGAGAGUAUUCUGGUCAUAGUUCCCAAAUUAGUUCAAUAUCGUUUCGACCGAUUACGCAAUCAUCAUCAUCUCAGGCAUCAAUACAAAGUUCUCCCACGUCACUCGAAACAGUGUUCGAAGAAUCAGAUAAUACGAUUAUUAAUUCUAGAGACAUAUUACUUACUACGAGCAUUGAUGGCAAUUGCCUUGUAUGGGAUAAAAGGUCGGCAAAUUUGAUACCGAGGAAGUUACCACUUCCAGAAAAAACGCCUCCAUGGUGUUUAUCAGCUUGUUGGAGUGCUGAUGGUAAUAAAAUUUACAGCGGACGACGUAAUGGAACUGUGGAUGAAUGGGAUUUUGCUUCAGGAAAAUUUAUUCGUUCAUUUAAAAUGCCAAGUAACUCAGGUCCGGUAUCUUGUGUGGCUAGCAUGCCUAACGGUAAACAUAUCGUAUGUGCAUCAACAGAUAAUAUAAGAUUAUGGAACGUUAACGACGAUUCCGAGGGUAUAAAAUCAAUUGUUCCAUUUCUUAUCAUUCCAGGGCAUCAUGGUGGAACUAUAUCACAAAUUUUGAUUGAUCCAGAUUGUCGAUAUAUGAUUACGACAUCCGGAAAUAGAGGAUGGGAAGGGGCAAGCACUGAAACUGCUUUGUUUUACGAAAUUAUUCCGAUUAUGAAAUAG